UCUGCUGCUGUUCGGGGUGCAGUGGAAUAGGAGGGUCCACGGUGCGUGAAGCAGCAGGCGCUGAGGCAGUGGCACAGCAAUCGAGGGCAGGGCGGUACAGGGAAGGAACGCUGUCCUGGAGCGCGCCGCGCGUACCGAGGGGACGCGCUGAUUGACAGUUGGAGGCACGGAGCGCCCCGUGCGGCUCACAAGCGGAGCUCGCUAAUCUCCCCACACCCGUCUUGUCAAAGGCAUCUCUGUGAAAUAGCAGUCAAAUCAGCCUGGUGCAAAUAAAGGAAGUUAUCCAUCCUGUGGGUUCGAUCGUGGAGGUUUCUGGCGAAUAAACAAGUAAAAAAGGACGCGGCGGCUCUGCGACCCCAUCCCAAUCCUGUCUUUACCUGCUCUAGUCAUAAGUGGACACAGUUCUGACCAACCUGGCUCCUCAAACUGCACGGGUAACAGGAGUGGAUGGACCAAAAGGUCAGGUUGCACUGUGCAAUCUGAGAAGAUUUUCUCGUUUCUUUUUUCUGGAGUAAAAGGACUGCUGCGCUUGGUGCUGUUUUUUGGGAUCGUUUCGGGGUUAUUUUUGUUUUUGUUCAUUCCAGACUAAUUGUGAAGCGUCUGUGAUUCAAGUUAAAACCCAGGAGCUUGUGACAAAAACUCCUUUUCAUCCCUUUUAAUUGGAAUAACGGAUAGCUAAUCAGGAAACUCUCGGGAGGAAUUUAAGUUCCAUUUUGGUGCGUAAUUUGUGCGGUGAGUGCGGUUCCUGAACCGUACAAGUAGUUGUGCCUCGUUGCUUCUUUUUCUUUUUUGCAUUCAAUCCCCCAUUUUUUCCCAUGGAGUAGGCUGAAUCACAGGUAAAGACUUCUAAAGAGUGGGCUUAUUCUCCGCCGCCUGGAACAAACAGGCGGAUCCGAUGCGCAGAUUCUUCGUAGGAUGGUAAAUGACCGAUGGGGAAUCAUGAACAGCUCUUCUGAACUCGAAGAUGGAACUCGGCAUAAAAACCAGACGUUCUGUGAAUGUGUGCCCAGCUCCUCCCAACUCAAACAUCGCUGGUCAGACUCAGAAACUGCCAGGGAGACCCCGGCCAAGAGGAUGAGCUGCAGCUACCUGCUCUGCACUAUCCUGCUCUUCGUGGCUGUAUUGUUGGCCGUCACUGUAACCGGCACCACUUUUAUGAAUCACUACCAGGCCCCGCCCAUGUCCGAUGGCCUCCCCCACAUUUCUACCAAUCAGGACGAGGCCAACGCCCUGGUCACCGUGGAGAGGGGCGAUGGCUCUCGCAUUAACAUCUUCAUCGACCCCAACUGUCCCGACUACAACAGUAACUUUUUGCGCCUGGAGGGUGUUCAGACCUCACUGUUGCAUUCGCUGACCGACCACGACUCUGACCUGAAGUCAGUGAAAGGCCAGGAUCGAGCUCUGCUAGUCAGUCUGGCUGAGGAGGUGGCCAAGCUGUCGGCCCACGCCGGGCAACUGAAAAUGGACUAUGAAUCUCUACGCAGAGGGCAGGGCAGCCUCGGGCAAGACCUCAAUACGCUACAGACGGAACAGGGACGCCUCAUACAGCUGCUGUCUGACAGCCAGAUCAACAUGGUGAAGGUGGUGAACUCAGUUAGUGAUGCUCUUAAUGCCAUGCAGAAGGAGAAUGUGGGUCUGAAGGCGCGUGUCAAGGCCGACUUACAAAGGGCACCAGUCAGAGGGGCUCGCCUCAAGGGCUGCUCCAACGGCUCCCGUCCUCGUGACUGCGGUGAUCUGUACGCUAGCGGUCAAAGAGAAGAUGGUAUCUACUCCGUGUUUCCCGUUCACCACCCUUCAGGCUUCCAGGUCUACUGUGACAUGACCACAGACGGCGGAGGCUGGACGGUGAUUCAACGCAGGGAGGACGGCACGGUCAACUUCUUCAGAGGAUGGGAGUCCUAUCGUGAGGGAUUUGGAAAGAUCACCGGUGAACACUGGCUCGGGCUGAAGCAGAUCCAUGCCCUGUCCAUCCAGGGUAACUAUGAGCUUCGUAUUGACUUGGAGGACUUUGAAAAUAGCACAGCGUACGCUCAGUAUGGUACCUUUGGAGUGGGCCUCUUCUCAGUGGACCCUGAUGAUGAUGGAUACCCUCUGACUGUGGGAGACUAUUCCGGCAAUGCAGGUGAUUCUCUGCUGAAGCACAAUGGAAUGAAGUUCACCACCAAAGACAAGGAUAAUGACCACUCGGAGAAUAACUGCGCCUCCUUCUACCACGGCGCCUGGUGGUACCGAAACUGCCACACCUCCAACCUUAACGGCCAGUACCUGCGCGGGCAGCACACCUCGUACGCCGACGGCAUCGAGUGGUCCUCCUGGACUGGCUGGCAGUAUUCCCUCAAGUUCUCCGAGAUGAAGAUCCGUCCCACCCGCGACCCUGACAAUAAAUGACACUGACAAAAGAGAAAGAAGAAGAAGAAUAUAAAAAAAAAGAAAAAAUUUUUGAAACAUUACAAACCACGAUUUCUGACAGCUAGAUGGAGUUAUUUGUCUUGAUAUUGUUUAUCCACUAAAACAUACCUCUUUGAGUUUCGUUGACUCAAGCUGUUUGCCUCGUGAUGUCUCUCUUCCUUUUUGCUCCUCUUCCUCCGUCACUCAGCUCUACCAGUCAUGACGGCUGUCAUAAUCCGUCCUGUGGUCCCAUUCUUUUUAAAAAAUAAUACCCUUAUUUUUGACCAUUCAGUCCACAACAACAGCAUACCAGCAGCCCUGAGCCCACAGUCCACUGCGCAAGCUUUACUCAGGCUUACAUGGUGGUCCAACCGUCCCCUGCAGAAUCACACACCAGUGAGUUUUCCCUGACAUGUAACUCUGACCUCCCAUCUGUGCUGACAUGGCACUCAGACUGCGGUUCACUCUCACUGCCCAUUGCUGCAUAAUCUUUGAAUGGACAGGUCUGGUCCACAUAGAAGAGGAAAAAGAAACACCGUCCACAUGAACCGGAGAUACAAAUUCUCAAUUUUCCCCCCUCCCUUUGUGAAGGAGAGUUUCACCUGUGAGAAGGGACGACACAGCGGUGUGCCGUGUCACAUUUACGUCCGCGAUCUGUGUGAAUGAGACCCAGCAGGGUAGCGGCGAGGAAGAAAGCGCGAGGCCUCUGAUAUUGAGAGGGAGGCGGAAAACGAGGAAACAAUUUGACAAGAGGUAAAUUGGCUGAAGAGAACGGAGGAGGGAGGGAAUCAAAAGGGGGGAGAGAAGAGGAAGAGAGGAGGUUCCAAAAAGGAUGACAAAGAGGAAAAAGAAAGAGACAACAAAGGAUCUCAUUCAUCUAACUUGGGCCAUUAGGGAGCAUAUUGGGCACUUUGUCUGAUCUGCCUGCCAGCUGAGUACUGGCCAACUGAUGCAGCACUCACAGAUGGUAACCCAGCACUUUGUGUAUGUAGGUGCGCAUGUGUGUGUGUGUGUGUGUGUGUGUGUGUGUGUGUGUGUGUGUGUGUGUGUGUGUGUGUGUGUGUGUGUGUGUGUGUGUGUGUGUACGUGUGUGAAUGUGCAUGUGUGUGUAUGAGACAGACAGACAGAAUUCUCUAACAAGAUCAAUUUUCUGUCAUGAGUUCAGUAGAGCGUCUCGAUUGACUACAAUGUUUAGCACAGACCGGCUAAACAUGAUGCAUGGCUGGACUACCUUCACUCUCUCCAUCUAAGUGGUUGGAACAUGAACUAACAAAGCCUGGAAGGUAUGUGGCGCAUUAGAGAGGAAAAAAGGCAUGAGACCUCUUGAAGGAAAUCUUACAUCCCCCCUCAUUCCCACCUCUAUUGUUUGUCCUCCUUUUUUUCCCCCUCCUUCCUUUCCAGGUGAUUAUUACGGGGUUUGUUUGUGCGAUCCAGUUUCUCUUGUCAUGCAAACGGAGCAAAACUUGCUGUAAAAUAAGAUUUGACGCUCACAACCACUGUCUUUUUCUUCUGAGUAGAAAUUCUUACAAUGUGUUGUGGCAAAGUCAAAAUUGCCUAAAGCAAAUCAAGGGGGAAAAAAAAAAGAGAAAAAAGCGUUCCGAAGAAAAAACAUAAAGGCAACAUGUGGGCGGAAAAUAGUGCAAUUCCAAUUUUUCCAUCUUUUUUUCUUUUUUUUUCUUUAAAGUCAGUGAAUCAACUUUUUUUCUUUUGGAUGUAAUAAAAGCUUUAAAAUAUCUGUAGAUUUCAUUGUACAGUGUGUAUGACUUUUAGAGCAUGUGAAUCUGUUUCUUACUAUGCUAAAACACAAAGAGAACUCAAGCACACAGACUUAACAGAAUCCACUGGUUUGAAAAAAAAAACAACAACAACUUAAAACGUGAAGUGAGAUGUAUCUACAGAACUUUUUCCCCCUUCCUCUACCUGAGCUUCAGGAGGGAGCGGCCUGUGCUGCUCUGACGAUUAAACUGGAAGAGGAGGAAUGUGAUUAUUUCCUUAAAGCACAUGCCCGUUCAAAUCUGCAGCACAAAUAGAAAUCUUUCUACGGAGGCACAAUACAGGAGAGGUUUCUAACCUCUUGGCACAUUAGCUGCCUUGCUUGGGCAUAUGUGAUCUUUCUGACAUCUUGGCUUUGGAAAACUCCUGAGGCACUGGGAGACAGUCUUGAAUGUGUGCUGAAGGGUGUCGGCCCAGCUGGCGGAGAGUUAAUGUGUAGCACCGAGCAAUGUUGCACUGAAUACCUCUGACACUGGAACAGCUGUGAGCUUCUCUGUCAUCGCCGGUGUCUCGGAAGGAUCUCCCAUCGCACCUCAGCUGUGUGCACCCAGCUAGAUGUACGUCGUGUCUUGGUGGACCGCUGCCACCUCUUCUCAUCAAAGCACAGACACAUGUCGCAAAUACUUGGAGGUUCGAUAAUGUCACGGGAUGUGUUUAAGCUGCGUGAGGCCACUGAAGGGUAAAGGAACUGAAUGGCGCGCGAGGGUGUAUGCAAAUGUGUGUAUGUGUGCGUCUCUGUGCUAGACAGAGCAUUUGUAUGUGUGUACACAAGUGUGCGUCCACGGUGUUUCUGUGUGUACACAUAUAUGCACAAUGCUUCGGUUUGUACAUGCCCAUGUGCAUGAACCAGACGAGAAACGGGAGGCUGAGGGCGUCUCUCUCUGUGGAAUUUUGAAGUAAUGUGAUGCUUAUGUACAACUUGCCUCCCCUGCUAUUUGUGUUGAUACCAGAGAGAUUUACAUAAUUAUAAUGAACUAUUACUUAUUGUGAUUGUGAACCCAUUAGAGUGGACACCACCUUCUGGUACUGUGUUGAACUGCGCUCGUAAACCCCCCCCCCUCCGAGAAAUUCCCAAAAUCCACCUCGACACAGCGUUGCGCUCCUUGUAUAUGUUAAUGCUAUGUUGCCCCUUGUUAUUUCAAUGUAGAGACAUGUAUUAUUUGCCAUGCUCCUUUGUGUGUUUCUGUUGAGUGAAUGCCUUUCUGGUCACUCUCUCUGCUGCAGCUAGCUCCAAUGGAAGAGAUGAUAAAAGAGUGAAUCAGAGGAUCUAAUCAUUCCCAGUUAUCCACUCAUUACAGAGCAUCAGCAUCCUCCUGAUCGAUCCCCUCUUUCCCCAAACCUUCUAUCUUUCUUACUGUGUACCUCCUUAAUUGCCUCAGCCUCUGCUGCCAACCUCCCUACCCUCAGCUCCUAAAUUUUCCUCUCUACUCGCUCCAGCUCCUAACUCCCAUCCUCUUUAUUGCAGUUUUAAUUUUUUUCUUUUUUUGCGUCACUCCUGCCCCUGCUCUCCUCUCCCCGACCCUCCCGUUCCUUCAUUCGCAGCGCAGAACUAACUUUGUUUCCUUUUUCUUUUACUUUUGGUGAAGUACUAUAGAUUGUUUUGCUGAAUCUUGAUACUGUGUUUUAAUGUUCUUGUCAACAUUUAAUAAACAUUCACAUUUUAUAAAUGGGGAACACCCUGAA